AUGGCGGUGGCCCUGGACGCAAUCCUCGCUCGGAUCAAGGAUGUUUGUAAAAGGAACGGGCUGCUCAUCCUCUCCGUGCUGUCCGUCACCAUCGGCUGCCUCCUGGGGUUCUUCCUGAGGACCAGGCGCCUCUCCCAGCAGGAAAUUAGUUACUUCCAGUUUCCUGGUGAGUUACUGAUGAGGAUGCUGAAAAUGCUGAUUCUCCCUCUGGUUGUCUCAAGCUUGAUGUCUGGGCUGGCAGCCCUGGAUGCCAAGACUUCCAGUCGCUUGGGAAUCAUAACUGUCACUUACUACCUGUGGACAACCUUUGUGGCCGUGGUUGUGGGAAUAAUUAUGGUGUCCAUUAUCCACCCUGGUGGAGCAGCCCAGAAGGAGAGCACUGAGGAGGGUGGAAAGCCCAUCAUGAGCUCUGCAGAUGCACUGCUGGACUUAAUCCGGAACAUGUUUCCAGCCAAUCUUGUUGAGGCCACAUUCAAGCAGUACCGCACCAGGAGCAUCCCCAUCAUUAAAUCGAACAAAGCGUCGGCCGAGAGCAGCACCCGCCGCAUCAUCAUCUACGGCGUGCAGGACGAGAACGGCUCCAACGUGCAGAACUUUGCCUUGGACAUCACCCCCCCUCCUGAAGUCAUCUACAAAUCAGAGCCAGGAGCCAGCGAUGGCAUGAAUGUACUGGGGAUUGUGAUAUUCUCUGCCACCAUGGGGAUAAUGUUGGGCAGAAUGGGGAACAGCGGCGUCCCUUUGGUCAGCUUUUGCCAGUGUUUGAAUGAAUCUGUCAUGAAGAUAGUGGCAGUUGCUGUUUGGUAUUUUCCAUUUGGAAUUGUGUUCCUAAUAGCUGGCAAAAUCUUAGAAAUGGAUGACCCGUCGGCCAUUGGGAAGAAGCUGGGUUUCUAUGCCAUCACGGUGGUGUGCGGCCUGGUGGUGCACGGGCUCUUCAUCCUGCCAAUGAUGUACUUCUUCAUCACCAAGAAGAAUCCCAUUGUCUUCAUCAGAGGGAUCCUUCAAGCCUUGCUCAUUGCUCUGGCCACAUCCUCCAGCUCAGCCACUCUGCCUAUCACUUUCAAGUGCUUGCUGGAGAACAACCACGUGGACAGGAGGAUCGCGCGCUUCGUGCUGCCCGUGGGAGCCACCAUCAACAUGGACGGGACGGCGCUCUACGAGGCCGUGGCCGCCAUCUUCAUCGCCCAGGUCAACAACUACGAGCUGGACUUUGGGCAGAUCAUCACCAUCAGUAUCACAGCAACAGCUGCCAGCAUAGGGGCUGCAGGCAUCCCACAAGCUGGCCUGGUGACCAUGGUCAUCGUUCUCACCUCAGUGGGGCUCCCAACAGAUGACAUCACAUUGAUUAUUGCUGUCGACUGGGCACUAGACAGGUUCAGAACAAUGAUCAAUGUGCUGGGGGACGCGCUGGCUGCUGGGAUCAUGGCCCACAUCUGCCGGAAGGAGUUUAUCAAGGAUGGCGACGAGGUGCCAUUGAUCUGUGAAACUAAGCCUGUUAACAUCCAUCAGAUUGUGGCUUACCAGAGAAAUGGCUGUGUGAAGACCAUGAAUGAAUCUCGUGGACCAGAAACAGUGAAAGGGUUGCAGCACCAUAUACCCAUACAAGUGGAGCAAGAAGAAACUCCAGUGGAGAAUCACACUAAGAAAUCCAACAGUAAAGACCACUGCACUAUUGAAAUAAAUGAACUAGAAACAAAUGUGUGA